GCCUGCGUCCCCCGUGAAUGAGGGGAACCGCUUGGACACCCCCACUCGCCUAGCAGCGCCCCAGCCCUGCGCUGCCUGCGCUGCAGGGCUCUCUGCGUGCGGGCGGCUGAGCCGCGGGGAGCGCCCGGAAAAAGGGGGAGGUGGUGGCGGGGGGCAGGAGCAUUGGGAACGCCGCCGUCGAGACCAUGAGGAAAUUUAACAUCAGGAAGGUGCUGGACGGCCUGACAGCGGUCUCGUCCUCCUCCUCGGCUUCCUCCUCCUCGCAACAGCAGCAGUCCGGGAACCGGGAGACCGACAUCCCGGAGACUCUCCAGUCGGAGCACUUCCAGCUUUGCAAGACCGUUCGCCACGGUUUCCCCUAUCAGCCUUCGGCCUUGGCAUUUGAUCCUGUUCAGAAGAUACUGGCUAUUGGGACUCAGACGGGAGCUUUAAGGCUUUUUGGUCGGCCAGGAGUUGAAUGCUACUGCCAACAUGACAGUGGAGCCGCAGUAAUCCAGCUCCAGUUCCUGAUUAAUGAGGGAGCUCUUGUGAGUGCCUUGGCUGAUGACACCUUACACCUGUGGAAUUUACGUCAAAAGAGACCGGCUAUCCUUCAUUCACUCAAAUUUAACAGAGAAAGGAUAACAUUUUGCCAUCUGCCUUUCCAAAGUAAAUGGCUCUAUGUGGGUACUGAAAGAGGAAACAUUCACAUUGUCAAUGUGGAGUCCUUCACACUCUCAGGCUACGUCAUCAUGUGGAAUAAAGCCAUCGAACUGUCAUCCAAAUCUCACCCAGGACCUGUUGUCCAUAUUAGUGACAAUCCAAUGGAUGAAGGAAAGCUUCUCAUUGGCUAUGAGUCUGGAAUAGUAGUAUUAUGGGACCUCAAAUCAAAGAAGGCAGAUUACAGAUACACUCAUGAUGAGGCUAUACAUUCAGUUGCUUGGCACCAUGAAGGAAAACAGUUCAUUUGUAGCCAUUCAGAUGGUACCUUGACCAUAUGGAAUAUAAAAUCCCCUGCCAAGCCACUUCAGACAAUCACUCCACAUGGAAAGCAGUUAAAAGAUGGGAAGAAGCCGGAACCUUGCAAACCAAUCCUUAAAGUAGAAUACAAAACAGCCAAAGCUGGGGAACCUUUCAUCAUUCUGUCUGGCGGCUUGUCAUAUGAUACUGUAGGAAGAAGACCCUGUUUAACAGUCAUGCAUGGGAAAAGCACUGCUGUGCUAGAAAUGGAUUAUUCUAUUGUUGAUUUUCUAACCCUCUGUGAAACUCCAUACCCUAAUGAUUUCCAGGAACCUUAUGCUGUCGUGGUUCUUCUAGAAAAGGAUUUAGUACUUAUAGACCUGGCACAGAAUGGGUAUCCUAUAUUUGAGAAUCCCUAUCCUUUGAAUAUACAUGAGUCUCCUGUUACCUGUUGUGAAUAUUUUGCUGAUUGUCCUGUGGACCUCAUUCCUGCACUUUAUUCAGUUGGAGCUCGACAGAAACGGCAAGGUUACAGUAAAAAGGAAUGGCCUAUCAGUGGAGGCAACUGGGGUUUGAUCACUCAGAGCUACCCAGAGAUAAUUAUUACAGGGCAUGCUGAUGGGUCGAUCAAGUUUUGGGAUGCCUCUGCAAUAACACUGCAAGUACUUUACAAACUAAAAACAGCUAAAGUAUUUGAAAAAUCACGAAGUAAGGAUGAUAGGCCAAACACAGACAUAGUAGAUGAAGAUCCAUAUGCCAUUCAGAUCAUCUCAUGGUGUCCAGAAAGUAGAAUGCUGUGCAUAGCCGGAGUUUCUGCACAUGUCAUUAUUUACAGAUUCAGCAAACAGGAAGUGACAACAGAAGUUAUUCCGAUGCUUGAAGUACGGCUGUUGUACGAAAUAAAUGACGUAGACUCUCCAGAUGGUGAGCAAGUUCCACCAUUGCCAACUCCAGGCACGGGUUCCAAUCCUCAGUCCAUUGCUCCUCAGUCACAUCCGUCUACUAGCAGCAGCUCAUCUGAUGGGCUUCGUGAUAAUGUCCCCUGUUUAAAAAUAAAAAGCUCUCCCCUCAAACAAUCUGUAGGCUACCAGAUUGAAUUGGUUAUUCAGCUGGUAUGGGUGAGUGGAGAACCUCCACAGCAGAUAACCAGUUUGGCAGUAAACUCAGCUUAUGGUCUAGUAGUUUUUGGGAAUUGUAAUGGUAUUGCAAUGGUUGAUUACCUGCAGAAGACAGUCCUCUUGAACCUUGGUACCAUUGAAUUGUAUGGCUCUAAUGAUCCCUAUCGUAGGGAACCUCGAUCUCCUCGUAAAACUCGGCAACCAUCAGGAGCAGGUCUUUGUGAUAUUAAUGAAGGGACUGCAGUGCCAGAGGAUCGCUGCAAGUCACCCACAUCGGGUUCUGGUUCUCCAAACAAUUCUGAUGAUGAUGAUGAUCAAAAAAUGAAUAAUUUUAUAGAAAAGGUGAUGACCAAAAGCAGAAAAUUUUCCAAGAUGGUAGCCAAUGAUAUAGCAAAGAUGUCCAGAAAGUUAAGUUUGCCAACCGAACUAAAGCCUGAUUUAGAUGUCAGAGACAACUCCUUCAGUCGAUCCCGAAGCUCCAGUGUAACUAGCAUUGAUAAGGAAUCCCGAGAAGCAAUUUCUGCUCUUCAUUUCUGUGAGACUUUCACACGGAAAGCAGAUACAUCACCUUCUCCAUGUUUAUGGGUUGGGACUACUUUGGGUACAGUGCUAGUCAUUGCACUGAAUUUACCCCCAGGAGGAGAGCAAAGACUUCUUCAGCCAGUAAUUGUUUCUCCCAGUGGGACCAUUCUGAGGCUAAAAGGGGCAAUUUUGAGAAUGGCUUUUCUGGACACCACAGGAUCUUUAAUUCCACCAGCAUAUGAGCCCUGGAGAGAACAUAAUGUCCCUGAAGACAAAGAUGAAAAGGAUAAAUUGAAAAAACGGCGGCCUGUCUCCGUAUCUCCCUCCUCCUCCUCUCAGGAAAUCAGUGAAAACCAAUAUGCCGUGAUAUGUUCUGAAAAGCAAGCAAAAGUUAUCUCACUGCCAUCACAGAACUGUGUUCAUAAACAAAACAUAACAGAGACAUCUUUUGUUCUUCGUGGAGAUAUAGUGGCAUUGAGUAAUAGUGUCUGCCUUGCAUGUUUCUGUGCCAAUGGACAUAUUAUGACUUUCAGUUUGCCAAGUUUAAGGCCGCUGUUGGAUGUUUAUUACCUGCCACUUACCAACAUGCGGAUAGCCAGAACCUUCUGCUUCACCAACAAUGGACAGGCCUUGUAUCUUGUCUCACCUACAGAAAUCCAGAGAAUUACCUACAGUCAAGAAACUUGUGAAAAUCUACAGGAAAUGUUGGGUGAGCUCUUCACUCCAGUAGAAACACCAGAAGCCCCAAAUAGGGGUUUCUUUAAAGGCCUGUUUGGAGGUGGUGCACAAUCACUCGACAGAGAAGAACUCUUUGGAGAAUCAGCAUCUGGAAAGGCAUCAAGAAGUCUUGCUCAGCAUAUCCCAGGACCUGGUGGUAUUGAGGGUGUUAAAGGAGCAGCAUCUGGAGUAAUUGGUGAACUAGCACGAGCCAGGAUAGCACUGGAUGAAAGAGGGCAGAAACUAGGAGAACUGGACGAAAGAACAGCUGCUAUGCUAAGUAGUGCUGAUUCUUUCUCUAAACAUGCUCAUGAGAUGAUGUUGAAGUACAAAGAUAAGAAGUGGUACCAGUUCUGACAACCUACAUCCAAAUAGAUCAAUUUAACUUUAUCUUGAGGAAGGAAAAAGUCCUUUUUUUUUUCUUUUAAUUUCUGCAGGACGAUUGGAGUUGGAGGAGUAUUCACUGUCUAUUGGAUAGUGUUGUUUCCUAGCACAAAUCAUACAGUUUUACCUCAGUCAUAUGGCUUUAACUGAGGAGCAUUAUAUUUAAAACAGACACACAAAAACUUGUUCGUGUCAUAGCUGUGGGAUUUACUCAGAGUUUGGGAACAGAGCAGAUGGCAUAGGACACUUGGAGAAGAGAGGCAAAGGGGGAAAGACGUGAGAUGGGUCGAGGCAAUGCAGGAUCAAUCCUUUGUAAAUGUCGUACGCCAAAACUUUGUGUUAUUGUAACUGCUGCCAGUGUUUCACCCUCCUGUGAGGAGAGGCAAUAAAUCAGGGGUCCAAGAGCUGGAAUAAAGUUGUGUUUGUCUUACUGAACUAUUAAUAGCUGACUUUCACCUUCCCCCUUCCAUUUUUACUGAAGAAGAGUUAUAUUCUGUUUGCUACCGUCUCUUUGGUCAGGCAAGCUGGAAGUUUGAAAGAUCCAUAUUGAAAAUGUAUACAUAGUUGACCUGUUCAUAGUCUCUUCUUGGACCCCUGAUCUAAUAUUCUUGUAUUCACAUCAUACUCUGUCAAGUGCAAAACAAAAGGAUAAGUCAUUUUUGUAUUAAAAAAAUCAAGUGAAUAAUAUGA